AUGGUCGGCGCUUACCCACCGGCGGCUCCGCCACCGCCGCGGAAUUUUGCUAGCUUUUUUAAGAAGCCUUCCGACAUUGAGAUGAACAAUGAUUCACUUAUCAAGCAAGUGAAGUUUUUGAAUGGUACUCCCACUUUGGAGUAUGAAGAUGACGAGUUUGAAAAAUUGGUUGCUCCACAUAGAUUGUGUUUGGUUGGAAAAUUCUUAUAUGGAUGUCCUAAAAUGGAGGAGAAAGAUGGUGGGAAAAAACUUGAUGAUCCUGCUACAAAGAAAAAAGGACUCAAAAUUGCAAACCCUAAACCAAAGUGGUUAUUCAAGGGUGGUGAAGAGAAGUCUACAACUCCAAAAGUGAAUGUGCAAAUACUGAAUGAGAAUCCCUUGAUCGCUAAAGCUACUGAAACAAAUUCCGUACUGUCGAUUAACCCUGCGGAGAAAACCCUAGGGGAGCACGCCAUUGAGUCGUACCCCCUGCGGGGGAAACCCUGGAAGCGCGCGCAUGUGUCGCAUGCCCCUAAGACAGGAACUCUUGACAUGCAAUUGAUGGUAUCAACCUCUGGCUUGACCGAUAAGGAGAAGGAGACAAUUCUGGUGGAUGUUCCAGAUGUAUCAGUUUCCCAUAACUUGCAUUUAGAGUUUGGGAACAUCGUCCAAAUUGAAGUUGUGCAGCCGGUAAUUGUUCUUGUUAAAACGAAUUCCUCAAACAGAUUUUUUGCUUUACUGGAAGGGGGAGAUCAUGAUAUGAUAAAUGAUUCUGAUGAUGAGGAGAAUGUUUACAGAGAGAGGAAUGUAGAUGAGCAGUUGGUACAGGCUAGUGACUCCAUCGAAGUGGCUUUGCGGAAUAUGGCGCCUUCGCCUAAGUUGGGAAUGGGAAAGUUUCCUGAUAAUUCUUAA